UGCUAUUUUGUUUUAUAUGUAGCUAUUUUAUAGCUAAGGCUGCAGAAUUGCCGGUUUGGUGCGCCGAAUAGCAUUUAGUUUUGUUUACUUUCGGAAAAAACUGUUUAAGAACUUUAAAAAUAAAAAAAAUGGCUGGCGAGGUUGUUGUGGAUGCCUUGCCCUACAUAGAUCACGGCUAUGACGAUGUGGGCGUCAGAGAAUCGGCCCUUGCCAUGGUUGAAGAGGAAUGCCGACGCUAUCGUCCUACCAAGAACUACCUGGAUCACUUGCCGCUGCCCACCAGUUCGCCGUUUGAGACUCCACUAAUGGUCAAUGAGUUUGAGCGAAUUCAGAACCGUCUGCCCAUGGAGACGCUUUCAAUGAAGCGAUACGAACUACCUCCGCCACCGUCCGGCAAGUUAUCCGAGGUCUCCGCCUGGCAGGAGUCAAUCGAGAACUCCAUGGCCCAGCUAGAACACCAGUGGGUGCGGUCUCUUAAUCUGGAACUGAUGCUCGACUACGGCACAGAGGCGUGGAAGUCAUACCUUGAGGUCUUCACUGCCAUGCAGGCAAAGGCGCAGCUGCAACUGCAGCAGUUGAAAAAGGACAUCCAAGACGUAAACUGGCAGCGAAAACAGGCGCAGACGCAGGCGGGCGAGAGAUUGCGUUCCCUGGAGGCACACUGGGUAUUGCUGGUCUCAAAGAACUAUGAGAUCGAGACGGAGUGCGUCGAAUUGGAGAAGCUUGUCUAUGCCGCCCGCCAAAAGUUGCAGGACAUCGCUCCACCGCCCAGUGCCAAUGACACGGCUCCCACGCCCGAGCACACUAAUGGAUUUGACCAGGAUGACCAGGCCGAUAGCAAUGGCAGUAGUUCUGGUAAUACUGACAGCAAUGUAGACCAAAAGAAUGAAGAUACGGUAGUUGCCGCUGAGCAAAAUGAGGAGGAUGAUAAACCUGAGGUCCGCGAUGAAUCCUCAAAUGAGUCAACGUAAUUUUUUUUCUAACGAGUCUAUGUUAAAUGGGAAUUCAAAAAUGUAACUAAUUAUAUUUGAUUAAAUAUCGCAUGAUCUGCUUGAUAUUGA